AAUGUUUCAAGAUGGCAUAUUAGUUAGAUCGAAUAUUUCGUAUAAGAUAAUGACUAAUAGGUAAUAGGUGGUAGGCAUUACAAAUUACAUCAUACCAUACCACUCAGGGCUUAAUAAUCGCUCAGGACUUCAUAUUUUGGUCGUAUCCUUAACUCGCUUCAUAUACGAAGAGUGAGUAUAAAAGCAGCUCUGGAAGACCUCAAGUUCUUAGAAUCAUCUUCCAUUGCAGCUUCUUUCACACUCCUCAAUAAUUAAAUAAGAUUCAUAGACUAUCUUCACAGCUUUGAAGCCAAAAUGGCUACCACUGCCGACAAAUCUAAGCCCUACUUUCCCCUAGCUGGCCUUGCUAAUGACGGCUGGUCCAAAGAAGACGAAGCAACGGCAACAUGCUUCUGUGGUGCAGUACAGCUUGCAUUUCCAACGCAAGGUCCAGGUUACAUCCGUACAUUUGUGUGUAAUUGCAACGACUGUCGUAAAAUCACGGCAUCUAUGUUCGCGACCAACUUCACGAUUCUGGACACACACUUGAAGCAUAUUCGUGGGCGUGACAACCUUACGAAAUUCGGCCCCCAAGCACAUACUAUCGCUUCAGGCAAAGGCAUGGCUAACUACUUCUGCUCAACGUGUGGUACGCUCAUGUACCGCGUUGGAGAGGCCUUCCCAGGCAUGAGCAUCUUGCGCCUGGGUACUGUCGACGAUUUUCACUUACACGAGACCAAGAUGCGACCCACGGUAGAAUACUUCGUUGAGAGCCGCGUGGGAUGGCUUAAGGGUAUUGAAGGAAUCAGGAAGUUUAAGGGGCUUCCAUCCCUCUGACAUGGAGCUUACCGUUCCCUAGUACAUCAUCUUGUAGACGGGUCGUCCCAUAAAAGGAACUGAUGGGGUUAAUUCUACUAGAAGGUUUCCCAUUACCUAUUAUAUAACAGGCAGGUACCUAAUAUAGCGAGAAUAAACUGUUUGUAUUAAGUUAUCGUAAAGGAAAUAGGGCGCAUUGUAAUGCUGUCUAAUCAUUGUCAGUAUUAUGAGUGGACAUUGCAGCAACUCUUUCUGGGGGCUUCGAUGCCUUAAUAAAUUAUGAAUCUUAGCACCUCAUGGAGGGAAGAAAACACUGAACGAGUUGAAGUUUUGGAGUGAAAAUCUCUCAAGUACUAAAUAUUCUUGGGAACAAGCUCAUCUUCGAGAGAGUUAUAUACGCAGUAUACUGAACCAUUAUCAACAUCCUCUCUUAAUUUUUCCUCGUAUCAACGGACCCCUGGUGCCUACAUAUCUAAAUUCGAUAGAUAGCACCGCUAAGAUGUGCCUUCUGGGUUCAACUGGUAACACUUAUCCGUUGGGAUUCUCUCGCCUUGGUCCCA